CAGGGUGUGUUCCAACUACAAGGUGAUCACUCUGCUGAGUCUCCCUGGUAAGGUCUAUUCAGGGGUUCUGGAGAGGAGAGUCUGUUGAAUAGUAGAAUCUCAGCUUCAAAAGGAGCAAUAUGGUUCCCGGUGAGUGUUGGAGACAGCUUUUUGUCACCAAUUACAUUCAUAACUUUUAAGGACAGGGCAUUGAGGGGAUCCAUUUUGUUGGCCUAAGGAUGUAGUUUUGGUGGGGGGUGUCGGUCCAGCCGGCGUUUGCGCCAGCCCGAGUCAGAUAGUGGGAGUGUUUGGCUCAGUGCGCAUGUGAGCGGGAGAUAGGAGUGGGCAAAACCUCAGGAAAUUCAUCAGGGGUGCGCUGAUACACUUAUGGAGUGGCAGAGCGGGAGAGAGAGGUGAAUUAUUUGAGAUGGUGAAUGGGCCGCAUCCUGACCAAAAAGAGAAAUAAGUAUAGUGUGUUGUGGAGCAUUGUUUGGCAUAGUAGGGAUUGUGCGUGCACCCAUAGCUGAACUUGCUACAAGGAUUAAGCAAAAGGUGAUUUUUUUUUCUAAUGUCCCUUGCAGGGAAUUUAUAUCAUCUUUCUCAUAAAGUUAUGUAAAUGAGGAUGGCUGGUUGGAGGGGUCUUGUUUGUGAUGAGCAGCCCUCAUUGCACAAAAGAAGUUCAUCAAACAGUUGAACCACACAUGUAAUAACGCACACUUGGGGAAUGGAGAUCAGACCUGUCCUUGUUGGUCUUAGACUGCUCAUUUUAUUGGACCGGAUGUCGGUUAUCAUCGUUGGUGGUUCACCAAAGGAUCUGAAUCAAGGGACUAAGACUUCAGAGGCUCUGACUGGUGCUACGGCUGAGGCUUCAUCCAUGAAAUGUUCUUUUCAGGGUACUCCCCGUUUACCUGCAUUCUCAAUGGACGGUGACUUCACCAUUGGAGGCGUUUUCCUCAUUCACGACAAAGUACAAACAGUAAUUUAUAACUAUACCACCAAGCCGUACCCUCUGAUGUGCACAAGGAGCCUUGAUGCACGGAACCUGCACUUUUCCCGUACUAUGAUCUUUGCCAUCAAGGAGAUCAACAACAGCACAAAGCUGCUGCCAGGCAUAAAAUUAGGAUAUCAGAUUUAUGAUACUUGUGCAUCCGUGACUGUGGCCUCCGAUGUGGCCUUUCAACUGUUAAAUGGUCAGGACCCGGUGUUUUACAAGGGCAGCAACUGUUCUCAGUCUGGUGUGGUAAUGGCUGUUAUUGGAGACUCCACAUCCACAACAUCCAUCAGCCUGACGCGAGUCAUCGGGUCUUUCAAUGUCCCUCUGGUCAGCCACUUUGCCACGUGUGCCUGUCUGUCAGACAAGCAGCAGUACCCCACUUUCUUUAGAACCAUUCCCAGUGACCAGUUCCAGGCUGAUGCACUGGCCAAGCUGGUGAAACACUUUGGCUGGACUUGGAUAGGAGCUGUCCGCUCAGACUCAGAUUAUGGAAACUAUGGGAUGGCGUCUUUUCUUGCUGCAGCACAGAGAGAGGGAAUCUGCGUGGAGUACUCCGUAUCCUUCUUCCGAACUGAUCCACAAAGCAAGAUCCAGAGGGUAGCCGAUGUCAUCCGCAGUUCCACAGCAACGGUUGUUGUGGCUUUCACAGCCUCUGGUGACUUGAGAUUUUUGUUUGAGGAGCUGGCUCGGGAGCCCGCACCACCUCGCCAGUGGAUAGGAAGUGAGGGCUGGAUAACUGACCUGAACUUGGUGCGGUACAGUUUCUGUGCUGGAGCCAUCGGAAUUGCUAUUCAGAAAUCUGUCAUUCCAGGUCUGAGGGAAUUCUUACUUGAUCUUUCUCCAACUGAGCUGACUGCCUCCUCAGUGCUAACUGAAUUUUGGGAGGAUGUCUUCUACUGCAGCUUGAAACAAAACAGUUCUCUAAUCAAGAGAGUGUGUGAUGGAACUGAAGAUCUAAAAACCCUCAACAACCCGUACACUGAUACUUCUCAGCUUCGAUCUACUAACAUGGUGUACAAGGCUGUUUAUGCAGCAGCUCGUGCUAUUCACAAUGCAGUGUGUCAGGAAACUAGCUCUACAACUCUGUGUGACAAAGACAUCCGACUGGAGUCUAAACAGGUUUUGACUGAACUAAAAAAAGUGAACUUCACUCGUAACGGUUAUCCUGUGUCAUUUGAUGCUAAUGGAGAUCCUGUAGCUUUUUAUGAGCUGGUCAACUGGCAGAAGAGUGAGAGUGGAGUUAUUGAGCUGGUAACAGUAGGGUACUAUGAUGCAUCACUGCCUAAAGGCCAGGAGUUUCGCAUAAACAGAAACAUAACCUGGAUGGAUUACAAAACAAAGGUCCCAGUAUCAGUGUGCUCUGAGAGUUGUUCUCCAGGAACUCGUAAAGUCCUGCAGAAAGGAAAACCCAUCUGCUGUUAUGAUUGUAUACCAUGUCCUGAAGGAGAGAUUAGCAACACGACAAAUUCUCCAGACUGUUUCCCGUGUCCCAGUGAAUUGUGGCCUAAUGCACAAAGAGACGCUUGUUUCCCCAAACCUGUGGAGUUUCUUUCCUAUGAUGAAGUCCUGGCAAUCAUCCUGGCUGCAUUCUCUGUUAGUGGGGCCUGUCUGGCCAUCAUAACAGCAGCUAUUUUCUUUCAUCACAGAACAACUCCAAUUGUCAGAGCCAACAACUCUGAGCUGAGCUUCCUGCUGCUCUUCUCUCUGACUCUGUGUUUCUUAUGUUCAUUAACUUUCAUCGGAGCUCCCUCUGAUUGGUCCUGCAUGCUGCGACACACAGCGUUUGGUAUCACCUUUGUUCUCUGUAUCUCCUGUGUUCUUGGGAAAACUGUAGUGGUUUUAAUGGCCUUUAAAGCUACACUUCCAGGUAGUAAUGUCAUGAAAUGGUUUGGGCCUCCACAACAAAGAAUGACUGUAGUGCUAUUUACAUUCAUACAGGUUGUAAUCUGUACUGUGUGGCUGUUACUCAGCCCUCCAUUCCCAAUGAAGAAUCUGAGUACAUACAAGGAGAAGAUCAUCCUGGAAUGUGCAUUAGGUUCUGCUGUUGGGUUCUGGGCUGUGCUCGGGUACAUUGGCCUGCUGGCUGUUUUCUGCUUUGUGUUAGCUGUUCUAGCUCGGAAACUACCUGAUAAUUUUAAUGAAGCCAAGCUGAUAACCUUCAGCAUGCUGAUAUUCUGUGCAGUGUGGCUCACCUUCAUCCCAGCAUAUGUCAGCUCUCCUGGAAAAUUGACUGUAGCUGUGGAGAUAUUUGCUAUUCUGGCCUCCAGUUUUGGACUGAUUCUGUGUAUAUUUGCUCCAAAGUGUUUCAUCAUCUUAUUUCAGCCUGAGAAGAACUCUAGAAAAUCUUUAAUGAACAAAUAA